AUGUCUCCAACUGUGGGUCCGCUUGGACGUCUACGUAUCGCCCUCUUGAACCUUUCAAAAAUACCUCCGACAAAAAUCAAAUCACCUUCAACACAACCGCGUCGAGCAAGCGUCUCGAUAAUAAUACAUGCAAGGCAAACUAAUACAAGUGUCAUGACAGAUCUCGAGCAGUUUUGGGAAUUGCCUUGGGUCCAGAAAGGCGUACCUGAAAUAUUGUAUAUUAAGCGUGCUUUGAGAGAAGGAGAUCGAUGGAGCGGGCAAAUGGCAUUCCCGGGAGGAAAACAAGAUCCCGUGGAUGUUGAUGAUUUGGAUACGGCAGAGCGGGAAACAUUCGAAGAAGUCGGAUUGGAUCUCGGAAAUCCUGAACAAUUUUAUUGUGUUGGCGCAUUGGAUGAUCGAGAGGUCACUACAACAUUUGGAAAAAAAUUACUCAUGAUUCUUUGUCCGUUUGUUUUCCUCCAAACCACACCAGAGCCAUUACAAAUAGAAAUUUCCGGUUCUGAAGUAGCUUCCACUCAUUGGGUUCCUCUCGCCUACUUUUUCGACGAAAAAAUCACUAGAACAUGGGAUCCAAUUUCUGUCGAUAUUUCCUCGCGUCUUGCGCCCAAUUCUUGGGUCUUGCAACGAAUGUUACAAACUUUGACCGGUCGACUGCAUUUUCAUUGUAUUAAACUGCCCUCUGUUGAAACUAUCAAAAAUCAGAAUAUCAAUAACAAUGAUGACAUUACUGCUACUGCUACUCCUACUCCUAUUAUUAAUAGCACUAGUCAAUCAACAGAGUAUUUGCAACUUUGGGGGUUAACUCUUCAAAUGACUAGUGAUCUAAUGGACAUGAUGUAUUUGAUAGGCGAAGAACCUCCACGUCGAUUAGACGCGAUACGACCAAAAUUUGAUUAUCCUGAUGUGAAUUUCUUCAUUUGGUGCUUUUUAAGAAAUAAUCGCGGAGAUUAUCGACGGAAAAAAAUGGAGCUCGCUACAAGAAGAAGAAAGUGGGCAAACGGAUGGAUAGAUUAUUAUUCUGCCGUAAGAAAAGCAUUACUUAUAGCCAUUUUUACCCGAACAAUUUUGGCAUUUUUCAUAUUGAGUCGAGGAUCUCGCUAUUUAUUUGGAAAAACUUGA